ACUCACUCAGUCCACGCCCAUGGCCGGUGCCGUUCUCUCACUCACCCAAUCGGUUCACGCUAAGAUGAAGAUGUGAGUUCCUCACCAGAUCAAGAGAAAUGCGUUUACAAUUGUUUUCGUUCAACUGCUAGCAUUCGCAUGAAGGUAAAUUAAUUAACAUAUUUAAUCGACAUUGGUAAGUUAUGUUAUGUCUGUGUAUAGUGACGUCAGACAUAGUCAACUGAUGCACUUAAAUAAUUAAUGAUUUAUGUUUUUAAUAAGAGAUAGGCAAAAAGUACAACAUAUUUUUCAAAUAAAAAAAAAAGGAAAUAAUUAAAAUUAAAUUUAAAAAAAAAAAACGUAAAUAAUGUUGCUUAAUUUUUCUUCAAUCUCUCCAUUUUUAUCAACCCUUCGUUGACUUCAUACUAACGUGUGUGUGCAUGAGUGUGUGUGUUUGUUUAUUUUUGUUUUCAAAUGUAUUUAAAUGCUUAUCAAUCUGGUUAACGGCAAGUUAAGUAAAAAGUUUAGCGUAUAUUAAAGGACACUUCUAAUCUAUAGAAAAAUUGGGAGGAUUCUCGCAAGUUGUGUAAACAUGUGCAGAGAAAUCUUGAAGCGACCGGGGAAAGUAUAAUGAGAGAAUCACCUCCCUUACAAACAGCGCAUUUCCAUACGUUCCAUUUUAAUUAAAGCGCAAAGUUGGAACGUAAAACUAGCUACUUUUUUUUUUUUUUUUGGUUCUAAAUGGGUUUUAAUGCCGUGCCAUAACUUAUCUACUAAGCUACCUUAUCAGAUCUCUCCCCCAUCUGCGUUUGUGAAUGUUCUCCGACAAUGCGUGAUUCUGGUUGAUGCUAGGAGUACAAGAACGUUCUCGGAUGGACACACCAAGACAACCAAAACAACACGACCAAACGACGAGACUUGUUUUGAACAUCAGUAGCACACCAACACACAGUGUUUUAAAAUCAGUUAGCUGUUGAUGUCACUUUCUAAAUAGUAGCAACAAAAACUCUCGUUGACAAAUCUCAGAAUGGGGUCAGCAUGCCGACAGUGUCAGAGGGGAACCAAGAUGAAUAUAAAGUUGUCGACGUCUGGGAAAAUUAUGCUCAUUUAAAAAAAAAAGAACAACCAAAAAAAUGUUUUUAUUUUGUUUAUGGCCACUGUCCUGGCUUCAGAUUGUGGGCUCUGCAAGACCCCGAGCUGAAAGUUAACAAGAUGGACGGUGUGACGUCAUGGAUGGUGCUAUUCGCGAUGGCUGUGUGUCACAAGGGCUUAACCGACGUGAUGGCGGGUUCCAAUUGUAAGUAAUUCUAUUUAUAGCAACUUUAGUGGCCACCACCACUAGCGUCAUAAAACUAUACUACUGUCUUCAAACAUUUUACACAAAACUCCCUCAUUAAGGACCUCUUAGUGAUAUUAGUUAUAGCUGGGCCUAAAAGUCCUCUCGCGUGUACACAUCAUAUAAUGGGACCGCACUAUGAAACAAUUCAUUCACCCCUCAAUCCUUCCUUGAAAACUUCAUCAGAUGUGGAAGACGUAGGCCUACCUUGAGCUUAGAGCAGGGCGGAUGUGUUUUAGAGCAGGGCGGAUGUGUUUUAGAGUAGGGCGGAUGUGUUUUAGAGUAGGGCGGAUGUGUUUUAGAGUAGGGCGGAUGUGUUUUAGAGUAGGGCGGAUGUGUUUUAGAGUAGGGCGGAUGUGUUUUAGAGUAGGGCGGAUGUGUUUUAGAGUAUGGGGGGGGGGGGGGGGGGGGGGGAGGGGGUAUAGGAGUGAGGGAAUUAUCCAAUUAUAUCACUUUGGUGAAAUGAAAUACAAGUUUGAGUAUGUUUUAAAUCCUCUUUAUAUUAACUUCGGUUUUGUGUUUCUGAAUGACAAAAGCAUGAAAAAAAAUAAUAAAAUAAUAAUAAUAAUAAACGUAGGUUUUAGCCCGCAAAAAAGACUCGUAUUUUAAAUUUUCCCUGUAAAUAUUUGCAAAAGUUUGCAUCCAUACACCCGCCUGGGUUGGGUUUUAGUAGUUUAAAAAAAAAAAUUUCAUAGACAGAAUCUAUACUAUACUAAUACGAUUCUAUAAUUUAUUUUUUUAUACUCUAAAACAGCGCAGGGAAGCGGCUCAGUUCAGGGUCAACCAUCAUCAUCAUCAUCAACAUCAACGACCUCAUCAUCAACAUCAACGUCGACUAGAUCUGCGAUAACAUCUGCCGUGGAUACAACCACCAGCGCGACAACAACAUCGACGCAGUCGUCAACGCCGCUGACGUCUGUUGAUUCAACAGCCAGUAAACAAAACUUUAAAAUUUUUACUCAUUGGUCUCCCCUCUUUGAACUCUUAAACUUUGACCUCGCGGGCUAACCAGCAGAGUUGUGCAGGUUGAGUUGUGCAGGUUCAUUCGUUUUUAUUGGUCAAAACGGUCGUGUAGGAAGGGAGCUACGGAAGGCAGCUCUUUUUUUUCGUUUUAUUUUUAAAUUUGGAAGGGUGACAUUAUCGGUUAACUGCAGAGUUGUUUUCGUGGAAGGGUGCGUCAAAAUUCGCCCCCCCCCCCAGGCGGCAUUAACUCUGUAUAGCUACGCUCGUGCGGAGAAACGAUUUCAUAUGGAAAGUUUGUUUUUCUGACCGCUACAUAAAAUCCGUUUCGACAGAAAUAUGUAACGCUUGUCUAUCAAUUCCCUUACAACAGCCCACUAAAUCUCAGAUUUAACGUGUCCUUACAACAGCCCACUAAAUCUCAGAUUUAACGUGUCCUUACAACAGCCCACUAAAUCUCAGAUUUAACGUGUCCUUACAACAGCCCACUAAAUCUCAGAUUUAACGUGUCCUUACAACAGCCCACUAAAUCUCAGAUUUAACGUGUCCUUACAACAGCCCACUAAAUCUCAGAUUUAACGUGUCCUUACAACAGCCCACUAAAUCUCAGAUUUAACGUGUCCUUACAACAGCCCACUAAAUCUCAGAUUUAACGUGCCCUUACAACAGCCCACUAAAUCUCAGAUUUAACGUGCCCUUACAACAGCCCACUAAAUCUCAGAUUUAACGUGUCCUUACAACAGCCAACUAAAUCUCAGAUUUAACGUGCCCUUACAACAGCCCACUAAAUCUCAGAUUUAACGUGCCCUUACAACAGCCCACUAAAUCUCAGAUUUAACGUGCCCUUGCAACAGCCCACUAAAUCUCAGAUUUAACGUGCCCUUGCAACAGCCAACUAAAUCUCAGAUUUAACGUGUCCUUACAACAGCCCACUAAAUCUCAGAUUUAACGUGUCCUUACAACAGCCCACUAAAUCUCAGAUUCAACGUGUCCUUACAACAGCCCACUAAAUCUCAGAUUUAACGUGUCUUUACAACAGCCCACCAAACAUCAAAAUUACAAUUUGAUUUUUAUGAAGCCGUACACCCAUGUUUCUUAACAUUCCAUUCCAAAUGCGUUCAUUAUUUGUGUUAAAUUCAUUGUUUACAGAGAAGGUUAAUGAAACUAUUAUUCCUCAGGCCAGGCAACUAGAGCGCCAUUUGUGAUUGGCAAGAUUUUCGCGGACAUCUACCGCGGCUCACAACCAGACUGUCGCACCGUAUCGUGUUCGCUGUCAGCCUUCAACGUUGGCUUAGCCAGGUAACACUUAACCAGGUAACCUAACCACACUACCGUGCUCGCUGUCAGCCUUCAACGUACGCUUAGCCUGGUAACAUUCAUAACCAUACCGUGUGCGAUGACAGCCUUCAAUGUUGGCUUAGCCAGGUAACACUUAGCCCAGUGGUUCUCAACCUUCCUAAUGACGCGACCCUGUAGUACAGUUACCAUUGUUGUGGCGACCCCCAACCACAAAAUUAUUUUCGUUGCUGCGUCAUAACUGCAGAGUAUUUGUGUUUUCUGGUGGUCUUAGGCGACUCAUGGGAAAGGGUCGCGACCCACAGGCUGAGAACCGCUGACUUAGCCACAUAUCAUAAACAUACCGUGUUCAAUAUCAGCCUUCAUCGUUGGCUUAGCCAGGUAAAACUUAGCCAGGUAACAAAGCCAUUCUGUGUUCAAUAUGAGCCUUCAGCGUUGGCUUAGCCAGGUAACAUAACCAUACUGUGUUCAACAUGAGCCUUCAGCGUUGGCUCAGCCAGGUAACAUAACAAACAUCACUCGAUAUCAGUUGUCGAUGUCGUUUUAGACAGGAAACAGCUAAACCAGCAGCCACGCUCACUGAAGUUGUGACAACAUAUUUGCCUAGGAAGUCAUUUAUUUUUUCCAACUGUAGCAGUGGUCGUACACUGGAGGACAUACACAUAUUCUAUCAGUUUGAGCACAAAUGGAGCGGAACUUAUAAUAUUUGCUAAUAUUCCGAGUCUCACAUUCUCACAUGAAACUUCCAUGAGUGCGAUUCGAGCAGGACCCAGGAGUCUCACAUUCUCACAUGAAACUUCCAUGAUUGCGAUUCGAGCAGGACCCAGGCGUCUCACAUUCUCAUAUGAAACUUCCAUGAGUGCGAUUCGAGCAGGACCCACGCGUCACGCGUUUAAUAAAUCACGAUACAUAUCAAACGAUAAAAUUAAUUUUCCCACGUUAUUUUUGUAACAGUUUUUUUUUUAAAAUGUGUCAUAAAAUUUAAAUAAUUUAAUAAUGGGUAAGUGUUUUAAUAUUUGUUUUUCUCAUAGAAUGUACGCGUGCUAAAUAAAGGCCACCUACCUACCUACCUACCUACCUACCUACCUACCUACCUACCUACCUACCUACCUACCUACCUACCUACCUACCUACCUACCUACCUACCUACCUACCUACCUACCUCCCUACCUACCUACCUACCUACCUACCUACCUACCUACCUACCUACCUACCUACCUACCUACCUACCUACCUACCUACCUACCUACCUCCCUACCUACCUACCUACCAGGGGUAGACUAGGGAGUUCAAGCGGCCCGGGAACAAAUCAAAGCGGCCCGGGGGAAAAAAAAAAAAAGCGGCCCUAUCUUCAUGACUUUUAUUUUUAUUACAUCACCGGUCCUAGCGGCCCAUCGGGAAUCUUCCCGGUGUCCCGGCGGCCCAGUCCACCCCUGCUACCUACCGAAACAAAUUGAUUACAUCAGUUCACUUUGCUAUUUCAACGCCCUAAGGUUAAAUCAUUGCCAUAACAAUGGAGGAAGGAAACGUCCACAUGAUGUAAAAAUAAUCUUUUUUUGUUUGCGGUUGUUGUUCUUCCGCCCAUCGCCGAGAGCCGAUGCUUUAACGUCGGUCAAAACUAGCGACGCCAUGAGGCCUAGGCGUUAUGUUUUAUGGAGAAACGGCUGUUUCCAACGCACCUGUUUCCAAUCGUCUAUAUUCAACCUGGAAUAUCCUCCACGUUAUUAUUGACUUAAAUUUGGAAUAAUGGGGUAAAUUCUAAUAAAUUUCAUAAAUCAUGACAGUUACAAUUCUAAUAACAAUCACUCAUGACAGGCACAAUUCUAAUAAGUCAUGACAAUGUCAGUCACAAUUCAAAUAUUAAGUCAUGACAGUCACAAUGAUCCAGCCGGUACAAACAAAUGACAUUAAACAAAAUCAGAGAUACAACUUAGGCUGGAUACAUAAUUAGUUCCAAAUAUGUCUUACUCCGCGACUCAUUUCACACCCCGCCCCCCCCCCCACACCCAUCCCCCCCCCCUUUACCAAAAUAAAACUGGGAGAAAAAAAAGUUGCAUCGACCGGGAAUCGAACCCGGGUCACCCGCGUGGCAGGCGAGUAUUCUACCACUAGACCACCGAUGCUCUUGAACAUCGUUCGCUGAAAAAGAAAAGAUUGCACCACAGUUAUUUCUGAACCAUCUUGCAUGUUUAUUAAUUUAUUACCAUGGUGACCGUGUGGUUAUUUUAUUUUCUUGGAUACUGAGGUUACUGCUAGCUAUUAAUUAAUUAAAUUUUAACCAGUUGAGAAGGGUCACUAGUUACUGCCCAAUAUACAAAUAUGCAAAAAUGAAACUUAUCCCUUAAAUUUUUAAAAAUAAAUUUAGGCCUAUGUUAUUCAAUAUCUAACGGUAGGGUCUUUCUCCUACUAAUACUACUCCUACUCCUACUCCUACUCCUACUCCUACCAACCAAAUUUCACGUCUUGCUCUACAAUAUCUUCAUCUAGAUUAUUGUAGAUCAUGAUUUUUCUGCAAACCGGCCCAAACCCUUCCCCUGGACUUAGGAGUUGAUUGAGAUUCUAUUAUUUAUAUUUAAGACACCUUCCAUUUUAGAAACAAAAAUAUUAUCAUCAGUGAUGGGGCGUAGUCGUAGUUUCUCACUGGCACUACACUGUGGCUACUCUCUAUACUUAUAGGCUAAACUAUAGUGCAGCGGUUCUCAACCUGUGGGAUGCGACCCCUUUCGCAUGACCCUUUCCAAGGGGUCGCCUAAAACCAUAUGAAAACACAUAUGCUCUACAGUAAUGAAGUAGCAAAGAAAAUAAUUUUGUGGCCGGGGGUCGCCACAACACAAGGAACUGUAUUAAAGGGUCGCGACAUUAGGAAGGUUGAGAACUACUGCCUACGUAUGUACAAAAGUUGAUUUGUUGCAGAAGGUGACCUGCGUUGAGUUCUUUCUUGCGAAGACAUCCCCGAGAUUGUCGAUAUACUGUCACAUGCUCACAUACUCAUACCAUUGGCAUUUCAUUAAGUAAAAACCACUAGGUUUAACUAACACUGCGUAACAUAGGCUAUAAUAAUUUUUUUUAAACUGAAACUGAUAAAAUAUUUCAGCUUAGUUGUUAUUUAUAAGGCCAUAUUUCUUCCUCUUUGUUUGUACUGUAGACGGAAGGGUGCUUCUCGCCGACGACACCUUCGUUGUUUUGUUGGGUCAUUUGUUUUUUCUUCACUUUUUCCAAAUCCUGUUCUUCAUCGUUCUUUUGACUUUUUUGCCUAUUUCCUAAUCUGAUUGCAGUCUCUCCCCCUUAUUGUGGAUAUUUAUAUAAUAAUGGUCCGUAAUUUAAAAAAAAAAAAAUGGUUGAGUUUGCAACGUCUGGAGCUAGAAGGAAGGGGAGAAGUGAGAGAACGAGGGGGGGGGGAGGCUAUGAGGCGAGGAAGAGAAACCGCACAGAUUAAUGGAGAAGGGAAAGGUGUGACUCUAGGAAGCACUUUUGUUUUUUCUUCUUCAAAUGGAGGAGCGGGAUUAUCAGCCAACUGCAGAGAUUUUUUUUUCUAUGGAAGUGGGCGUAUUUGAUAAAUUAUUACCCUUAUGGCCAAAAGGAAAUGUUUUUUUUUCGUACAAAAAAAAUUAUUCCUAAAUAUUUUAGACUGAAGGAGUCCUUGCACUGGAAAAAAUACAUAGCUGAUAGGUCCACAGUUUGUUACACAUGUGAUGAUAAUUUUUUGUGUGGAAAAUAUAAGUAAAUAAUACUUUAUACCAUUUAUCGUAUAGCAGAGUCAGACCUGUUUACUCUUACGCUUUUAGCGUACAAUGUAUGAUUUUGAGGUGUAUACAUUAUACAUAUAUUGUAUGUUUAUAUUUUUACUACUAAGAUAAUGUAUAAAANCCAACCUGUUUCCUCAGGUCAGCCAUCAUCCACUGCCAACAUUACAUUACUCUAAUUUGGGCCAACCUGUUUCCUCGGGUCAGCCAUCAUCCCUUGCCAACAUUACAUUACUCUAAUCUCGGCCAACCUGUUUCCUCAGGUCAGCCAUAAUCCUCUGCCAACAUUACAUUACUCUAAUUUGGGCCAACCUGUUUCCUCAGGUCAGCCAUCAUCCACUGCCAACAUUACAUUACCCUAAUCUCGUCCAACCUGUUUCCUCAGGUCAGCCAUCAUCCACUGACAACAUUACAUUACCCUAAUCUCGACCAACCUGUUUCCUCAGGUCAGCCAUCAUCCACUGCCAAUAUUACAUUACCCUCAUUUCGGCCAACCUGUUUCCUCAGGUCAGCCAUCCACUGCGCAUCACUGUGCAGCCAGGACAUGAGCUGCCUGUACUACCGUAUCGAAGACUACGUCCCGACCAGCAGAGACAUCGGGUAUACAUCCACGUCCAAGUUGUGCUACUUCUUCACAAUACCGCCCACCAUCACCCUUGGCUCCUUCAAGUUUCUGGGACAGUUGUAAUCAGCCGAGAAGCGUUUUCUUUUUUAAAGACAACAGUGAAAGGCUUCUUUACACCGGUAGCUUGAGAGUCUAUGUAGACUGAUGUUGAUGUGAGGGCUGGGGACUGCAGAGAGAGAAGGGGGGGGGGGGCUACUUCCACUUUUAUCGAUCGCAUGUAACGGUAAUUUGUCAAACGACGCCAAUGACAGUUAUUGCAUUUGUGUUCAUUAAAUUUCGUGCAAGUGAUGAAUAAAUUACUACGUUGUAGUUUAUGUUACACAAUGAGUCAUUUCAACAAAUGACCAUAGCGACUCAAAUCUAAGAUCGCUUGAGGUGGAACUGAGCCCCUUCUCGUUUCGGCUGGCCCAGUGGCGUCACUAGGAGCGUGUGGACCGCAUCGCAUGACAAAAACCCUAGUGACGCCACUGGAUGGAUGUUUAUUUUAUUUGUUGAUCUAAUUGAAGAUUAACGUUACAUAAUAACAACUCGUCCCCCCACCCACACCCCCACCCCACACCUUCAGCACAUCGUUUUCUCAUUUAUACGCAAUAAUUAACAGUUUCAAAUAGAAACCCAAACAUUUAAAUCAAUUACGAAAGUGUUUAUUUGCCUCUGAAACUUCACAAAAUGCUCUAAUAUUAAAAUACAGAGUACAAAA